AUGCAAGUGGGUUUGGCGGCGUGUCCGAUAUUCUUGACGGCCGAUGCACCGCACGGGUCGCCAACCCGUUUGAUCAGGCGCCGGCAUGGCGCAGACCUUUCGAAUCGCUCGGACGAACCCGCUGAGUGUGGCGACGCUGCUGAAGGGGGACGCGGUCCCCUUGUGGCGCCCGACGCAACCGUGGACCCGCGCUUCAAUACGUCCGUCCGGGUGACGGGGAGGGAGUGUGUCCAGUACUACGUCGGUCUCAUGCUGGUCACGUCCGACGGGAUUGAACUGGGCACCGUGUCGGUCAGCGACGGACUUCCCCGCUGUAGCAUGUGUUGA